AUGUUCAUGCAUGAAGGUCCACCCCCACCAUAUCACGCUGAUUACACUGCUAUGCCAACCCCGGGGUUUCCUGUGUUCAUGGGCAAUCAACCAUAUCAGCCUUCUAAUCCUCUUCCUCCAAUUGGCACUCAGCCUCAGCCUCAGCCUGUUGCUGGUCCUGUUCCCGGCCGCCGGCGAUUGCCUCCUCGUCCCGACUGUCCCUUGAUUGUCUCCAGUCAGCCCCAAUUUGACACUGAGCAUCACCGGCAACUCUACUACGAGCCCUACCACGCUGACGACAACUUCGCAAAUAUGCAGUCAAGCUGGGUCGGUCUCCCAGGCACUUGCUUCGUGCAGCCUGACUACAACCAGCCCUACCCCCCAACGCAUAUCCUCGUAGUCGCCAGUCUAGCAUGGAAAGCCCCUGAGACUGAGAGAGGUCGCCAACUAGUUCGGCCGCGCCACCCAAACACCGAUGGAGGCUCUGACAUGGCUCCAGUGUCUGCCCCUGCUAAGACCCAGAGUGAACCCAUCUCUACGCAAGCUCUGGAUUGUUCGCAGGAAAGAAUUAGCACCGCCAACGUGAGCAGGUCAACUGAAACUCAGAACAAACCCACCGAGCCUGAGAAUGAGCCCAACCCAUCUCAGACCGAAUCCAGCUGUGCUCCAACUCCUGAUCAAAAGAAAGAAGAGUUGAUGGAUGACACCAAACCACCAUUGAGAAUUGACACCAAGAAUGAAGAAAGCGCCGGGUCUUCCUCCGAGGCUGGCCCUAAGACACCAGACACCGAUGAGUCUCAGGAAGGCGCUAAACUUCAGACUCCAGCCCAAGCUGACCUGCUGAAAUCAGCCGAUACCAAGAUUUCUGAUACCACCGAGACCCUCAAGCCAGUCGACAAGAGCACCCCAAACAAAGGCAAGUCCCCGGAAAUGGCAACAACCACUCCAACCAAGAGUGGCAACAGAAGACUCGAGCCCGCAGUGCCAGACAACAAACACCUACUGGCCCGCCAUGCUUUCCAGCAUCGCAAACCCCUCAAGAAAAAGUACCAACCUAAGACCGACACCGGCAAAACAAUUGAGCAGUACACUCGUGAGAUAAAUGCGCAGCGUGCCUCGCUUUAUCCUGACUCGCGUGUCCCUGAACAUCUCUUGCAAGAAGUCAUCCAAGAGCUAGAGAAUGAGCGCAGAGAUGCUAUACGGAAGAGCCGAGGUCUCGAUCCCAGUGAUGAGAGCAGUGUUGACAGUGGUACUUCUUCGAAGAAGCAGGUUUGA